AUGCAUGCUGCCGUGGCCACCGCCAUCCUCUGCUGCCUCGCGGCCACCUUCUCCACCGCCGGGUAUGCGCCCGUGGCCCCGUUCCUCGUGCCCAGGACCCAGGACGUCAAGAUACUCCUCACCGCCCAGGGGGUCGGGAUGUUCCUGGCCCUGGUUCCGGCAGGGGUGGCAGUCGACAGAUUAGGCAGCAUACCCGUGCUGAAGUCGGGGGUUUCGAUAUUGUUCCUUGCGUGUCUUGUGUCAGCGCUGAGCGUCGACUUCUUCAUCCAGCUGGUUGGCCGGAUCCUGAGUGGUGCAGCUGCUUCUGUGAUGUUCAAUUCGGCAAUGGCGAUGGUGAUGGACUUCUUCGUGGAGCCGGAACGAGGGGCGAACCUUGGCAUGGUGCUAGGCAUAGGCACACUGGGCAAUGUCGCUGGACCUCCUAUUACUACAGGCCUCUUCGCAUUCUGCAAGGCACAUGGUACGCCGGAGCCGCAAGCGCUCCCGAUGCUCAUUCCUGCAGUUAUCGUCACUGUCGCUCUUCUGACUUUGCAGCGCAUACCACAGAGAGCCUCAGCGCUGGUCUCUGCGAAGACUCCUUUGGUCGAGGGGGGGAUCGAAGAUGAGAAAAAUCAAUCUGCAGAAGCCAGUAUCAAGCAGGGCACAGUGGCGUGCGCCACAUCAUUUUUCGGCCUCUACGGUGUUGGCGACUGUCGGGUCUGGGUGAUUGCCGCGGUGUUGUCACUUUUAUUUGGAACCAUGGCUGCAUUAAUGGGCGCAAGUUCUUUGGACAUGAAGGCUCGCGGCUACCAUGCCGCUGUAGUGGGGUUGACGGCGGUACCUGCUGGCGCUGCGCAAAUGGUAUUAGCCCGAGUGGGUGGCCGCUUUUGCGAGUCCCGUAGGAGUAGGAUGAUCGUGAUGGUGAUCGGUUCGUUAGGCUUGGCGGUCGGGCUUCUUCUGGUUGUGCUCGGUUCACGCUUCGCGCCGCUCGCUGCGAAGUAUGUCUCAGCCAUGCUCCUAGCCUCAAGUGCCAUGGCCUUCGUGGAUGCGGCCUCCAUCUCUGAGAUGGGGCACCUGGCAACAGAGUGGAACAUCGGAUACGGCCAGUCGGUGAUGGCCUCCGAGCUCGCGGUCACUCUCGGCCAGUCCUUGGGACCUUACGUCGGGAUUCUAAUUCUGGAGGCAGCCAGCUUUGACGCCCUCUGCUUAUCGGCGGCUGGCGCCGCUGUUUUUGUUGGCCUUGCCGGCAUCGGCAUAAUGCCAUCAUGA